AUGUUUUACGCAGCACUCGCAUCCAGCAUUCUCUUCUCCACAGCACACCUCCCUAUCGCUCGCGCACGCCCACGCUCCUUUGCCUUCAAUUUCACUGCCGUGCGCGAGUGCGAGCCAGUCUCGCUCACUUUUCCUGAUGUCACUUCCGACGACAUUGGCAUCCCGACCUACUUGACCAUCGUCCCCGUUAACGCGACUCCGGCGACUAUCCCUCUCCCUGAUGUGGCGGACAACUUCCUCGCAGGCAUCAACAUCACCUUCAUCCCGGUCCCCGAGGGUACACAGUUCAUUGCUUCCCUUGACGACGCCGACGGGAAUGCAGUCGCAUAUGUGACUGACCUGAUUACCGUUGAGCCAUCCGACACCAGCGACGGUAGCUGCCUUCCCCUAGCUUCAGCCUCGUUCUACACGUUCAACACGGCCAUCACGCAAUGCACGAGCUACGGGGUCCAGUACAAUGCUUCCACCGACGCACCGACCGUCCGCGCAUUCAGCUUGGGACAGACGGCGUACACAUUGAACGAAACGGACGCCAGUAACGUAGAGGCGACAUACACCGCUGCUGUCGCCUACGGAUCGCAAGUCAUACUCAUGGCGAACAAUACCAUCGGCCAGGCCCAGGCCUCGCAAUUGCUCACGGUAUUGGGCGAUGACACGACCGACGCCAGUUGCCUGCCCAACGACACGGACAACAUGGAAGACGAACCCGAGGAAAGCACCGACACGAAGCCGACGCUUUCGCAUGCCGCAAUCAUCGGUCUCGCCGUCGGUGGCUGCAUCGUCGGACUCGUCGCCGCGCUCAUGGUCGUCUACUUCUGCCGCGAGCAGCGGAAGCACACCGACCAAGGCCCCGCACGGCGCCGCGCCCAGUCCGUCCUCGACGCUUCCGGCUUCUACGAACGCCCCAACCCCUCGGAAGUAAAUUCCUCCACCGCGAAUCUCAUGCGCAACAUGUCCCAGCGAGAUCUGGGGAACGUUGCGACGAUGAGCGCCACCCGUCCGUCCUUUAUGCAGGGCACGCCGUCCCCGGAUACGGCGCCUCGCGAGUCGUAUAUUCCAUACGUACCGCCGCCGAUCCCGGUGGAGGCGCCGCGCACGCCGUUCACGCCUGCGAGCUCCUCGUCGCAGCCGGCUAGUCCGUCGCCGAUGAAGUGGUUCCCUGUCAAGCACAACUCGGAGUUCCUUACUGGCAAUGAAGCGUUUGUCAUGAACCCGUCCUACGCGUUCAGCUCGCCGCCUGCUUCACCUGGGCGUCAGAGCUUCACGAAGGAGCGCGCGAUACCUUCUGCGGUUCCGCCUUCGCCGUUAGCGACAAGCUCAAGGCAGGCGCCCUCACUACAGCCGACUGUCGCCCGCCGCAAUUCGAUGCAGUCCCUCGACAUCGAGACCAUGCUCAACAUGGCGUCGCCGCCCGAAGAUAAUCCCCUGCAAGGCAGCGACGGCUCCCACGACUACACCGUCGCAGUCGCCCCCAGCACGCCGCCUGCCCCUGGACUAUCUUCCGCGCAGGUCAACGGCUCGCCCACGCAGGGUAACAACUCGCCCACCCAGGUCAUCAGCUCGCCCCCGCGCCGCGGCCACUUCCGCCCGCCCUCCGACGUCCCGCGCGACCCCUACGCGAGCGGCCUCUCCGCGUUCGACUUCGCCAACCUCAGCCGGCCGCCCAGCUUCGCGAGCCUCGCGAGCCGCCGGCUGCAGCAGCACGAGCGCAACGGGAGCGUCGUCAGCCGCGGGGACUCCGACGUGCAGGAUGCCUCGAUGCUUGGGGUGCCGCGCGCGUUUUGA